UGAUCCAGAGAUGGUGGCCAUUCCCAUUAGGGAAACACAGGUCACAUACAGUUUGUGAUAAGCUGAGCAACACCUCGGCUUUACUAUUGUGGCAUUCUCCUCCUGCUACUGCACUACUUCUGCACAACAUUUCAACCUCUCCAGCAGGAGUCCUUCUCUCCUCUUGGCUGAAGACUGAGCUGAGGAGCAUCUCCUCGCAUCAAUGGAUUUGCGUAAAUGGCUGUGGAGUGUGUGUGCAGUGGUUGGUCUGGUGCUCAGUGUCAGUGAACGUUCUCAGUGCGAAGUCAGCUGGGAGGUUCCACGUUUUGACGGCUGGUACAACAGUUUAGGAAACCCUAAAAAAGGAGCAGUCGGUUCUCAUCUGGUGCGCCUCGUGCCCGCGCGCUACUGGGACGGAGUCUACCAGCCGCUGCACGAGCCGCUGCUGCCCAACCCGCGCAGACUCAGCACGGCCCUGAGCGGAGGCCCGUCCGGCCUGCCGUCCACCCGGAACCAGACCGUCCUGUCCCUGUUCUUUGGUUAUCAUGUUACAUUUGAAAUUUUUGACUCACGAACUCCUGGAUGCCCACCUGAGUUCAUGAACAUCCCAGUACCAAAAGGUGACCCCAUCUUUGACCCCACUUCGACUGGAAGUGUCCUGCUGCCCUUCCAGAGAGGACCAUGGGACAAAGAGUCUGGACAGAGUCCCAAUAACCCUCGCACACAGGUCAACCUGGUGACUGCAUGGAUAGAUGGCAGCUCCAUCUAUGGCCCCUCCACUUCCUGGUCCGACGCCCUGAGAAGCUUCUCUGGAGGACUCUUGACUUCAGGCUCUGAGUAUAACAUGCCAGCUCAGGGAGGAGGAAGCAAUCUCAUGUGGAGCGCUGCUGAUCCCUCUACCGGAGAACAUGGACCCCAAGGUCUUUAUGAGUUGGGAAACGCCUGGGCCAAUGAGAACAUGUUCACGGCAGCAGAGGGGAUUAUCUGGUUUCGCUACCACAAUUAUGUCGCCUCCAAACUGCAUGAGGAAAACCCAGAUUGGUCAGAUGAGACACUGUUUCAAAACGCCAGGAAGACUGUUGUGGCCACAUUCCAGAAUAUCGCUGUCUAUGAAUGGCUGCCCGGAUACCUCGACAAAAAGCUUUCUCCUUAUCCAGGUUACCAGAAGUUUGUUGAUCCAGGGAUCUCUCCUGAAUUUGAGGCUGCUGUCAUAAGAUUUGGCAUCACUAUGGCCCCACCUGGUGUUUACAUGAGAAACAGAACCUGCUAUUUUCGGAACAUCAUCAACAUAGAUGGGAGCACAUCACCAGCAAUGCGCCUUUGUAACAACUUUUGGAAGCGGCAGAGCGCCAAUGUGAAGACAGGCCAGGAUGUAGACGACCUCCUCAUGGGCAUGGCUUCCCAGAUUGCAGAAAGAGAAGACAAUAUUGUUGUAGAGGACCUGAGAGAUUACAUGUAUGGACCCCUGAGAUUCACCCGGUCAGAUCUGGUGGCAAAGACCAUCCAGAGAGGCAGAGACUUUGGUCUGAGAAGUUACACUGAGGUCAGAAACGCUCUGGAUCUGCCUCCUGUAAACACAUUUGGAGACAUAAAUCCUGAGCUCAACAGCACCAACCCGCAGUUGAUCCAAGAUGUUGCAGAACUGUACAACGGAGACAUCUCAAAACUGGAGCUCUUCCCAGGGGGGCUGCUGGAGUCUCUUGAUGGUCCAGGUCCAGUUUUCUCUGCUGUUAUCUUGGACCAGUUUGAACGCAUUCGAAAUGGAGACCGCUUCUGGUUUGAGAACAAACAGAAUGGUUUGUUUACAGAUGAGGAGAUCCAGACGAUCCGCAACACAACAUAUUAUGACGUCCUUCUUGCAGUCACAAGUGCAGAGGCUGCUGAUAUACAGAAUAACGUGUUCUUUUGGAUGGAUGGUGACCCCUGUCCUCAGCCCACUCAGCUGAAUGCAUCAAUGCUCCAUCCCUGCACUAAUGCCACAAAACUUAAUUACUUUGAUGGGAGCAAAGCUGGCUUUGGGAUAUUUAUCAUUGUUCUGUUCCUCUUUCCUGUCGUGAGUUUCCUCGUGGCCUGUAUGGUGGCGUAUCUUCGGAGGUACAGGUACAGAAAGUUCCAGAGAAGAAGAAAAGCUGGUGGCAAAACAAAGGAGCCAGCUGCGGGAAUCACUGCAUACGAGUGGCAGGGCCAUAAAAAAGAGCUGCACCCUGUCAGCGUGGAGGUCGAUGAGAAGACGAGGCUGCAGGUCUUUGACAGAUCUGGAUCUGCUCACCGCUGCCUCAAUCUGGCCAACCAGGAUAACUUAAACGUCCUUCUCUCCGAUGACCGGCAACAUAAAGCUCUGCUGCUCAAAGUACCAAAAGAGUACGACCUGGUGCUUUUUUUCGAUGAUGAGAGCAAACGUGCAGAAUUUGUCAAGCAUCUGCGCUCAGAGCUGACACACAUCACACAGGAGAUUAGAGUGAAGGAGAUGAGAGAGACGGAACUGCUGAAGGAGGCUUUAACCAGAGACCAGAGGGCUCAGAUUGUGGAAACUUUCAUUCGACACGCUUUCUCUAAGGUCUUGGAAAUAGAGAAGCGUGACGCUGGAGACAUGAGUGGCAUCUCCCGCAAGAAAGCCAGAGAGGUUCUCCAGUGUGAGCUGACAGCGUCAGAGUUUGCUGACGCACUGGGCAUCAAGCCUGACUCCUUAUUUGUGGACUCCAUGUUCACACUAGCUGACAAAGAUGGAAAUGGUUACCUCUCCUUUCAAGAGUUUCUUGAUGUGAUGGUUAUUUUUAUGAAAGGGUCUCCAGAGGAAAAAUCCAAGCUGAUGUUCUCCAUGAAUGACAUCGGUGGAACUGGUUUCUUGUCAAAAGAAGAGUUUGCCAGGAUGCUCAGGUCUUUCCUUGAAAUCUCCAACGGUGCUCUGUCAAAGAGCCAGGCAGAGGACGGCAUCAAGGCCAUGAUGCAGGCCGCAGGCUUCGAUGACAAGGAGAAAAUCUCAUGGGAGGACUUUCACUUCCUCUUACGGGAUCACGAGAAGGAGCUGCAGUUUGCUCAACUCAAUGUCAAAGGGAUGGAGAAACAGGGGAAGAAGCGGCUGAGUCGAGACCAGAGAGUGUCCUUCAUCUCUCCUGGAAACAGCAGCAGCAAGACAGAAGGAUCGGAGCUACGCAGACGGAAAAUGUUAAGUGCCAAGACUCCAAAUGUCUACGUGAAGGCCAGGCGUGAGCAGUACAUUAGGAACCCCGUCCAGCAGAAAGUCCAGCAGUUCAAACGUUUCAUUGAGAAUUAUCGCCGUCAUAUUGUGUGUUUCAUCGUCGUAUACGGCAUUGUAGCUGGUGUGACACUUGACAGAUGUUACUAUUAUGGCGUGCAGUCUGAAGCUUCAGGUGUCCCAGAGACGACAGCGGUGGGCAUCGUCGUGUCCCGCGGCUCGGCGGCUGCCGUCUCCUUUCUGUUUCCCUACAUGCUUCUCACCGUGUGCCGCAACCUCAUCACGCUGUUCCGAGAGACCUUCCUCAACCGGUACAUCCCCUUUGAUGCCGCCAUUGACUUCCAUCGCUUCAUGGCCAUGACUGCCAUCAUCCUGUCAGUUGUUCACGCUUUGGGUCAUGUUGUCAACAUCUACAUCUUCUCCAUCAGCGACCUCAGCAUCCUGUCAUGUUUGUUCCCCAAAGUCUUCGCCAACAACGGGUCUGAACUUCCUCUCAAGUGGUCCUGGUGGUUCUUUCAGUCAGUUCCAGGAAUGACUGGUGUCUUGCUUCUCUUUACUUUUGCAUUUAUGUAUGUUUUUGCUUCACACUACUUCCGCCGCAUCAGUUUUCGUGCAUUUUGGGUCACUCAUUACCUCUACGCUGUUGUGUACCUUCUAACCGUUGUUCACGGCAGUUAUGCUCUGUUCCAAGAGCCUCGUUUCUACAUCUACCUAAUCCCUCCUGCACUGCUGUUUCUGCUGGACAAACUAAUCAGCCUGAGCAGGAAGAAGGUGGAGAUCCCUGUUGUCAGAGCAGAGCUGCUGCCUUCAGGUGUGACACAUCUGGAAUUCAAGCGACCACAGGGCUUCGUGUAUCGCUCAGGCCAGUGGGUUCGCAUAGCGUGCCUGAUGCUGGGCACAGAUGAAUACCACCCAUUCACACUGACAUCAUCUCCUCACGAAGAGACCCUGAGCCUGCACAUCCGAGCCGUGGGGCCUUGGACCAGCCAGCUCAGAGAGCUCUACACUGAGGAAAGCCUGCUUGAGCUGGGAGCCUAUCCAAAGCUGUACUUGGACGGCCCGUUUGGUGAGGGCCACCAGGAGUGGAUUGAUUACGAGGUGUCUGUUCUGGUGGGAGGAGGGAUCGGAGUCACUCCGUUCGCAUCCAUCCUCAAAGACCUGGUGUUCAAGUCCUCCAUCAAGUCCAAGAUUCAGUGUAAAAAGGUGUAUUUCAUCUGGGUCACACGAACACAGCGUCAGUUUGAGUGGGUGUCAGACAUCAUCAGGGAGGUGGAGGAAAUGGACACCCUGGAGCUGGUCUCUGUCCACACAUACAUCACCCAGGUGGCUGAAAAGUUCGACCUCCGCACCACCAUGCUGUAUGUCUGUGAGCGCCACUUUCAGAAGGUGUGGAACCGCAGUCUUUUCACCGGCCUGCGGUCCGUCACUCAUUUCGGUCGUCCACCCUUUGUGUCCUUCUUCAACUCACUGCAGGAGGUUCACCCUGAGGUGGGUAAAUUUGGAGUGUUCAGCUGUGGACCACCCGGACUGACCAAGAACGUGGAGAAAGCCUGCCAGCAGAUGAACAAGAAGGAUCAGGCUCACUUCUUACAUCACUACGAGAACUUUUAACUUCUCCCAAGCUUCGGACCAGAAGGUUCCAGAAAGAACAACAAGCCACUUUCAAUGAGCACUAUUUUUUAAACCACAAUCGUAGAGCCACUUUAGCAGGUUUUGAUUUUCGAUUCAUUGUAUUGAAGUGAAAGAUUAUUGAUUAAAUCGUGAACUUUCUUGUUAAACUCAUUCACAUAAGGAAUGGGGAAUUUUAUCUCUGCUAAUAUAAUUGCUAUAAUACUAGAUUCUUUUCUUAAUUUAUGCCAUAUAGUUCCUAAUCAUCAUGCAUCACCUGAGUAUAGUAUUACACUAGUUUAGCUGUCAUUGUUUUCAGAUGUAUUAAUAUACACCUUUUGAGAUGUGAACACAGACCUGUGGGGAUGUUCACUUAAUAUUCUUGAUUUCUUCUGCUUUUGUGUUAAAAAUCUGUGACAAAUAAACAUGUUAAAACAAAAA